AUGGAGAAAGAGGAAUGGGACAACCGGACAUCACCAGUGGAGUUCCUCCUGCUGGGACUGAGUAAUGUCCCCAAGCUUCAGAUGCCUCUCUUUCUCCUCUCUCUCAUGAUCUACAUGGUGACCGUGUUUGGCAACAUCCUCAUUGUUGUGCUGGUGGUGGCAGAUCGGCAUCUUCACACUCCCAUGUACGUCUUCCUGGGGAAUUUCUCCAGUGUGGAAAUCUGCUAUACCUCCACUAUCCUGCCCAGGCUGCUGGCCAACUUCCUAACCAGGGACAGAAGCAUUUCUGCUCAAGGCUGCAUGACACAGUUCUUUUUCUUUGGCUGUUUUGCAGGUACUGAGUGUUAUCUUCUGGCCACCAUGUCCUAUGAUCGGUACUUGGCCAUAUGUCAACCCCUGCUCUAUGCAAGCUUCAUGAACUGGAAGGUCUGCCUCCAGCUGGCGGCUGGGUCCUGGCUAGCAGGAUUACUAAUGUCUACCAUAGUCACUGGACAAUUUUCCAAGUUACAGUUCUGUGGUCCCAAUGCAAUUGAUCACUUCUUCUGUGAUUUUGCCCCAUUGCUAGAGCUUGCCUGCAGUGACACCACGGUGCUUAGACUGGUUACUUUCAUCAUCUGCUUCCUGGAUGUAGUCUUCCCAUUUGUAUUCACAUUGCUAUCCUAUAUCUGCAUCAUAGCUGUGAUCCUGAGGAUCCCAACCACCAUGGGUAGGCAGAAGGCCUUCUCCACCUGCUCCUGUCACCUCAUUGUGGUCACUGUUUUCUAUGGUACCCUCAUCGUUGUCUAUAUGAUACCCAGGACAGCCUCACUGAGGCAGCUCAAUAAAGCGCUCUCCUUUUUCUACACCAUCCUCACACCCAUGGUCAAUCCACUCCUCUACAGCCUGCGGAACAGGGAGGUCAAGGGCGCUCUAGGAAAUGCACUCAGAAAAAACUGUGGUCUGCAUCGAGCGCUCAUACUAGUUGAGAUCCACCAGGAAUAA